UUAGAGAGAGAGAGAGAGAGAGAGAGAGAGAGAGAUAAGACAGUGUAGUGUUUUGCUCUUAUUUUCUGAUACGUUGUCACGCGUGUUGUUUUUGUGGAUUUGACUGACACUCGGUCUUUUUCUUUGCUGUUUUUUUUUUCUUUGGUUUCGUGGAUGCUGAAGGAUUGAUGGGGAUGGAGAUACAACACGAUCACCCAGCACUGAUGUACACCUGGACUCACGAGCUGCACUGACAGAGGUCUGCUGAGUGGAGACGACACAGUGGGUGGACAGACACAAGAGACGUGUCCACAUCAGUGAAGGUCUCAGCGCGGCUGUCAGAAGAACCAUCUAGCCAAUCAGGAGAGGAGCGGGGUUGAGGCCGGCCAAUCGGAGGGGGAGAGAUGUCGGGGCAGGGCGGGCACACGGCCCUGGCUCUCGUGUCAUUACUGCUGCUACUGUGGCGCGAAGCAGCAGCCAUCGAAGUCCCACAAGAUCCAAAGAUCCUGAAAGACCUGAAGCAGCCCCCCACUAUAAUCAAACAGUCAGUGAAGGACUACAUUGUUGACCCCAGAGACAACAUCAUCAUCGAGUGUGAAGCCAAGGGCAACCCAGUGCCAACGUUCUCAUGGAGAAGGAACGGGAAGUUUUUCAACAUCGGGAAGGAUCCCAGGGUGACGAUGCGAAAACGCUCGGGGACUCUGGAGAUCGGUUUCCGUAGCGGAGGGCGGCCGGAGGACUACGAGGGAGAGUACCAGUGUUUCGCCACCAACGAGUUUGGAGUGGCUCUGUCCAACAAAAUCCUGCUCCAAGUCUCCAAGGCUCCUCUGUGGCCUAAAGAAGUGCUGGAACCAGUGGUGGUACCCGAAGGCUCCCCGCUGAUCCUCGCCUGCAACCCCCCACCGGGCCUGCCUCCUCCCUUAACCUUCUGGAUGAACAGCGCUAUGAUCCCCAUCCCUCAGGAUAAGAGGGUGUCCAUGGGUCUGAACGGGGACCUCUACUUCUCCAACGUUUUGGCCAAAGAUUCGCACACCGACUACAGCUGCAACGCCCGCUUCCCCUUCACACACACCAUCCAGCAGAAGAACCCCUUCAUACUCAAAGUCCAGAGCAGUGAGUCGUAUAAUGACACGUCUUACAAUGCCACUGACCCGUACGGUGGCCGUAAAGUAGCUGAGACCACGCCGACCUUCCUCUCACCUCCGGGAACAGAGAGCUCAAAGAUGGUGCUACGAGAUGAAGAACUGCUGCUGGAGUGCAUCGCCGCCGGACUGCCGACGCCCACCAUCAAGUGGUUCAAGAAGGGUGGGGACCUGCCGGCGCAGAAAGUGAAGUUUGAGAAGUUCAACAAGACCCUGAAAAUAAUCAACGUGUCGGAGGAGGACGCGGGGGAGUACGUCUGCAUGGCCAACAAUCAAUUAGGCAGCGUGCGCCACUCCAUCUUUGUCCAAGUCAAAGCGGCUCCUUAUUGGCUGGACAAACCAACGAACCUGGUGCUGGCACCAGAUGAGAACGGGCGCUUGGUGUGUCGGGCGAACGGCAACCCCAAACCCAACAUCCAGUGGCUAAUCAAUGGCCAGCCAUUGGACAGCGCUCUUCCUAACCCCAGCAGACAGGUGCUGGGUGACACCAUCAUUUUUCGCUCGGUGCAGAUGGGAAGUGGCGCCGUCUAUCAGUGCAACGCGUCCAACCAGCACGGCUAUCUGCUGGCCAACGCCUUGGUCAGCGUCCUCGACAUGCCUCCGAGGAUGCUGGGACCUAAAAACCAACUGAUCAGGGUCAUCGAGAACAACCGCACCUUCCUGGACUGUCCUUUCUUUGGUUCUCCUCUGCCUGUCCUACGCUGGUUUAAGAACGGGCAGGGCAGCGGGCUGGAUGGAGGUCAGUAUCGGGUUUACAUCAACGGCACCCUGGAGAUCAGGCGGGCCCGAGCAGAGGACGAGGGGACCUACACCUGUGUGGCCAACAACAUCCUGGGAAAGGCCGAUAACCAGGUCCGCCUGGAAGUCAAAGAAGCGACUCGUAUCGUUCGAGCGCCGGAGCACCAGACAGUCAUCAGGGGAACCACGGCUCGCUUCGACUGCAAGGUGACGUCCGACCCCAGCCUCUCCGUCACCGUGACGUGGUUGAAGGACGACAAGCCUCUCCACAUGGGAUGGAGGUUGAAGAAAAACGAGGAUACGCUGACCAUCCCAAAUGUGAACGAGGGCGAUGAGGGGACGUACACCUGCACUGCUAAAUCUGAUAUAGACGAGGACUCGUCCUCAGCCCGCCUCACUGUGUUAGAGGAAGCCUCCCUCAACCCCUCAAUCUCUAGUGCCUUCCCUCCAGACCGUCCAGACCCUCCAACAGAUUUGGAUCUCUCAGAUCCAGCUGAACGCAGCGUUCGCCUCACCUGGAUCCCCGGAAACGACCACAGGAGUCCGGUCACACAGUUCCUGGUCCAGUUUGAGGAGGACCGCUGGGAGCCGGGCCGGUGGCAGAACUUGUCCUCUUACCCCGGAGACCUCAACUCUGUCAUCCUGCAGCUCUCCCCGUAUGUCAACUAUCAGUUCAGAGUCAUCGCCAUCAACUCUGUGGGCCUGAGCGAGCCCAGCCGCCCCUCGCCUCGAUACCAGACCAGCGGAGCGGCCCCCGAUGCCAUCCCCAGAGGUCUGCAGGGGUGGGGCUCCAAGAAGGACAACAUGGAGAUAACAUGGGAGCCUCUGCUUGACCUGGAGAGGAACGGUCCAAACCUUUACUACAACGUGUGGUGGAGACGGAAGGACGCCGGGGAGGAGUGGAGUAACGUGACCACGGUGGAGUCCAAAUAUGUCGUCCAAAACACAGAAACCUACGUGCCUUAUGAGAUCAAAAUCCAGAGCUGGAACGACCAUGGACCUGGACCCAUGUCCAACGUGGUCAUCGGAUUCUCUGGAGAGGACGAGCCCACCGACGCUCCCACUGACCUGCGAGUGUCAAAGGUGGACAGCACAAAGGGGAACGUCCACUGGAAGUCUGUGGACAUGAACUCCAUCAUGGGAGAGUUCAAGGAGUACAGACUGUAUUACUGGCGUGAGUCCAGUCUGGUUCCUGGUCUGGCGGUCAAUCAGGAGAAGAAGACCAAAGGUUUCUACACCACUGCCGCCGAGCCGUCCGCCAUCCUCAGCGACCUGGUGCCCUUCUCCCAGUACAAGAUGUUCAUGGUGGCGGCGAACAGUCGCUUCGAGAGUCCGCGCAGCAACACGGUGGCGUUCACCACCAAGGAGGGAGUGCCGGACGCUCCAAAGUUCUUCAGGAUAAACCGCAGAAGUUUUGACACCAUUCACCUGGAAUGGGACAAACCUCUGGAGCCCAACGGCAUCCUGAUUGGAUACCAGCUCAAGUACCGGACAGUUAACGGCUCCCGAGCUGGUCGUCCUCAGUUGGAGACGUUCUUUCCUAACGUGACAGAGUUCACCCUGCGCCUGCCGGACAGAUCCACCCGCUACCGGUUCUACCUGUCAGCGCUCACACAGGUGGGAGCGGGGGAGGUGUUUGCAGAGGAGUCGCCGCACUUCGCCAAUGAAGAAAACUUUACUGACACUACAGGGCUAGUCGAGCUUACCGACGCCUCCUUGGCUUCAGAGUUCACCCCUACUCCUCCUCCCGCUCCACAUCCUCCUACUACCAUCGCUCCUACAACCAUUAGUACCUCGACUUCUACAACUACGACCACGACUACUCCUUCUACAACCACCACCACAACCCCCACCACCACUACAACCGAGGCGACCACGACCACCACAACUCCUGUGCUGGUCCCCACCAAGCGUAUAGAUCAAAAUGUGUUGGUGGCCCCUGGGCUGGACAUCUGGAAUCUGACGGUGGAGCCUGAAAUUAACGACGUUAACGUCAACUGGAGACACAACUUCCCGGCCGGCAGCAGCGAGUUUGUGCUAGAGUUCACACUGGACAGCGACAAGUCGGUGAAAGUUGUACCGAUGAAACAACCGCCCCCCGUUUCAGUGGCGGAUCUGAUCAUGGGCGCCACGUACCAUCUGAGGGUUUACUCCCAUGAGUUCAACAGCGUCAGCAGCAAAACGAUCACCUUUAAGACCAAACCAGCCUACAUAGACCAGGUGGACAUCGCCACCCAGGGCUGGUUCAUUGGCUUGAUGUGUGCCAUCGCCCUCAUCAUUCUGAUCCUGCUCAUCGUCUGCUUCAUCAAGAGGAGUCGCGGAGGCAAAUACCCAGUGCGUGAGAAAAAAGAUCUCCCCUUGGACCAGGUAGAUCAGAAAGACCAGGAUGGAUCCUUUGAUUACCAGUCCGAAUGAUCUUUGUUUCUUCAUUCCUCUGAAUGAAGAAUGAGUCUGUCCUCUUUCUGUGUCUGUCCACUUUCACUAAAAAACACACAUUUAACUUAUCCCAUUAUGAACACGUUCUAACUCAGCUGUGUGAGAGUGGCGCUAAAUCUUUAACCUUUAGUUGUAGACCAGAGAGUGUAGAAAAGAAGUGGAAAUACACUGCAAAAACUCACAUCUUAGCAAAGGGUAAAUGUUUAAUCCUAGUCAAACAUAUCAAUUACACUUAAAGGAAUAAUGUGCAACUUCUUCAUCCAGUAGAUGUCGCCCUUGAGCUCCAGCAUGAAACCAAGACAAACUGCUGUUUGGCCACACCUCCUCCAUACUGAAGCCUCUGCUCUCCUACAGCGACACACUUCCAACCCCCCUCCCUUCGCGUUUGCACAAAGGACAAAGGAAAUUAGAACGCACCAUAAUUAAGCACUAAGCACAGG